UUAUAUUAGAGUCACUAUAUUGUGGUGACAAAUUAAAAUUUAUCUGUAAUGUAUAUCGAUGAGAAAUUUUGUACUUUGUUCGUUUCAUAAAUAGCUUCAUAAAGAAACGCCCAAUAACUAACAAUAAGUUGCUGAAAUAUUAUCAAAAGAUAUACUAAUGCUAUCUGUAUGAUAUCAUCAAUGACGUAUCUCGUGGUCUCAUUUAUCGUUUCAGUCAAUCGUUAACCGCCGAUGUAAAAUAACGUAUUCUCUUUAGGUUAGUACAUUAUUUUACCUUGCACAUCACUGUAAUCCAUAAUAGCUUAAGCAUGUAGUUUUAAUUAAUUAUUUGUUAGAGCAAAGUGUAACCAAUUGUAUUGUAUUGUUUGUUAAAAUCGCCUCAUCUUCACAAGAGGGACGGAUAAUUUCAUGUAUUAAAAGUAAAGAAUUAUCUUUGAUUUUAGGAUUGAUAUCAAAACGAGGCAACAAUGUUGAAUAUUAUCAUCAACACUGAUUACUUGAAAAGUUGGAACGGUAUUUUUAACUUACUACAAUUGGUGUUUGGUGCAAUUUGUACAGGAAUAAUCGGAAGCAUAGAAAUCUAUAAUAGUAUUAUUACUAUUGGUCCUUUAUAUCAGAAAGAAUGCUUCUUUUUUAUUGUAUCAUCUACUUUCUUUAUUGGCACUUUUAUUUUCUUUAUCAGUAACCUGGUGUCUCCUUUUACUGCAUCCAUUUUACCUAAAACACUUCAUGAACGCCUUUAUAAUUUUUUUGCCGCCGUUUUAUUAUUCGUGGCAUCAUUAUGUUUGAUACUGGAAAUACAUACGGCUAAGACAGCGUUUAAUAACUAUAAACCAUUAUUAGCAGCUUCUAUUUGCGGACUGAUAAACACCAUCUUAUAUAUCUCCAGCGGAAGCAUCGCUUGUGUGGCGAACUUAAUAAAGUAAAUAACUUAAACAAUUGUAUUGUAAUUAAUGUAUAAUAAUUGUAGUGUGUAUUGUGGAAAGAGAAAAUAGAUAUUAUUAUUAUAUAAAUUGUGACCCCCUUGCACAAGCCAAAUAUG